AUGGCGAAUCCAGACAUCAUUUCAGCAGCACAGAAUGACCUGACAGUUAUUGAGGCAGGAAAUUCAUUUGGCCCUGGUUUAUCAGACAGCCGUCCUGAGAGACGUUCACCGGUACAAAUUGCUUAUAAAUCCAAGGAAUUAACUACUUACCGAAACUUCACAGACCCGUAUGCUUCUAUGACUGAAAGGCACUUGAAAAUCACUAGUAGUCAAUCACAUUUUGCAUCAUUAGAAGAGCGGGCGAGUAAACCAAUGCAAUCGCCAGAUUUACAUGAUGAAAUGAGGAAGAGUACAGAAAGAUUGAGAGUGGACCAAGAACCAACAAACUUUAGCCAGAAGAAAAGCGCCCAAGCUAUUUCUACUUCCGUAUCAAGGAGUAUGGUUAAUAUUCAUGGGCACAGUAGCCGCAGAGCUGUCAUGAACGGUGAAUGUCAUACCACGAACAAUUCCGAAGACCCAAAUAUCAUGAAUCAAUCUGAAAAGGAAGAUGGUUUGAGAUUUCCAAUUAAAGGCGACAAUAUGAACAGAGUGAAUGAAGCUUGUAUGGACAAUAGUAUACAAGGAAAUUCUCCCAUGAACUUAUCAAGUCACGACGAUGAUCGUACCUCAUCGACGACAGUUCACACGACAGUUGACAGUAUAAGUGCAGCCUCGCCUGUCGGGGACCACACGUCUGACCUGUCAGGGUCUCGGGAUCACACGGCCGAGCGUCCCCAGAAGCUCAGUCAGGCUGUCAAGCGCGGCGCCUCUACACUUGCUUUUUCUAUCGACCGCAUCAUGGAACCCACGCCUAAGAAGGCGCGUCUACCUCAGGACGAAGAAAGGCGGAGUAAUUUGGUGCGGCCGCGUCUGCUGCAGCCGACGCUUGCGUCUCACGGCAGAGCCUCGUCCGGCUCGCAGUUCCUCGCCCAAUAUCCUCUUCUUUAUCAUUAUUACCAGCAGAUGGGCAGCAGUUUACCGGCAAUAUCGAGCCUGUCUCCUAGCCCAAACAAGGAUGUUGACUCGAGAAGACCUUUGAACAUAACUCCACAUUCGCUGUCAGCCUUCACACGUCUCAACAACUUGCAAGAGGCCAGAGAAGACCUGCAAUGUAAUAGGCCUGGCCAGUCCCAUUAUUUCGACUCGACAGACAGAAGACAUCGCUUGUUCUCGCCGCAGCUCAAGACACAACAGACUCCCGUAACAACUUUAUCACGCAACAGGACGCAAAUCAAAUAUGCUAGACCAACAUCGUACUUCACUCCCUACGUACCUAAGGAGAAGUUGCUCAUUGAAAAUCACGCGUUCUGUCCCGUAUAUAACGCGUCCAAGUACAAUCGUCCCCUGGCGGCGUCACAUGGGGCUCAGUCGUCAAGAAAUAAUAUUGAUGCGGACUCAAACUUAUGGACUUCAAAGCCAGAACAUUCAUCACAAACUAACAGGACGAAGGAGUCGUCUCAGUCGACGAACUUCUCGCCGCGCUCGUCUGACGAGCGCCAGCGGUGCCCCGCGACUUCGUCGUCAGCAGACCAGCCCUCCAGUGACGAGGAGGACGAGCACAUCGUCAUAGACGAGACAGACAACUCCCCCCGUUUGUACUCUUCGUGUCCCCGGCGGGAGGAGGAGGGAGCUGAGCCCCACGGUACAUCGGGGGAAGGGGCGCCAUCUUCCCCCAGCGACCCCAUGACGAGGGGCGCGUCACACAAGACCUUCACGUGCCUGGAGUGCGGCAAGGUCUUCAACGCGCACUACAACCUCACCCGCCACAUGCCCGUGCACACCGGCGCCCGGCCAUUUAUCUGCAAGGUUUGUGGUAAAGGUUUUCGCCAAGCAUCCACUCUGUGCCGACACAAGAUCAUCCACACGGCUGAGAAGCCGCACAAGUGUCACACAUGUGGCAAAGCAUUCAACAGGUCAUCCACCCUCAACACCCACGUGCGCAUCCAUCAGAAUUACAAGCCGUGGGUGUGUGAAUAUUGCGGCAAGGGAUUUCAUCAGAAAGGCAACUAUAAAAAUCAUAAAUUGACGCACUCGGGCGAAAAGGCGUACAAGUGUCAUGUGUGUAACAAAGCCUUCCACCAAAUAUAUAACCUAACGUUCCACAUGCAUACUCACAACGAUAAAAAACCGUUUCAAUGUACCCUCUGUGGCAAAGGAUUUUGUAGGAACUUUGAUUUGAAGAAACACGUAAGAAAAUUACACGAAAACGCUCCGUAUUCGGGGGUAUCACCCCCAUCUUCUCCCCAGCCCUCCGAAGGGGAAACCCAAACAAGCAGCGCUCCUGUUAAACGUGAGCCGACUUACGACUGUGCCAACGCUACCAUUCUUCAACGACAUCUUAGUUUGCUACCAUCUCUGGUCACCAAUGCUGCUGGUUCUUUAGGUUCUUCACUAAACGUGCAUCCACACCAUCUCCACCAUCACCACCAACAUCACCAACAGCAGCAGCCCGGAGGUUCACAUCGGUUCUCGGCCCACAUCGGGAACCCGUUCUUCAUGAACAGCGCCGGUCUCCACGCAGGCCCUGGAACAUUUCUGAACAAACUGCCGUCCCUCCUUGGCUGAUGGUGGUUCAUGAUUUGCUUAGCUUCAAGUUACCUCGAACGCUAAGUUGGUUUGGAGUGUAAACUAUAGGCGAUGUUUAUCUUAUCUUAUAUGCCGGAGUGUAAUUUAUUAACAGGAUGUUCGGUUUCAGUAUGCGUAUCAAAAGAAACCAUUUCCUAAUGCUUGAAACAUUCUGACUUAUGAUCAAAAUAUAUAGAUGAACUUUUUGCAAUAAUAAUAAAAUCGUUCAUAUAUGCAGGCACGUUUUUUUCAUUUGGUAGAAGGAAAGUUUACGUAUUUCGUUAAAGAAUUGUCGUGAUUUGGCUGUCACAUUCCCAAUACAAAGCCAAUAUACCGAAGAAAAUCAUUUUUUAUAAGUUAUUUUAAUAAAGUUACCAUCAUUUAUUCAUUACACAAUCAAAAUUCGAAGGUAAUGUCUAAGAUCUGAAAAGACAUUCGACAAAGACUGUACAUCAUAAAUAUCAUGUCAACCUGUCAUGUACAUCAUGAAUAUCAUAUCACUCUGUCAUCAUAUGUUUAUGUUGUUGCCGGACACCGAUGCCCAAGUCAUGUUGUAGCGAGUCAAAAAAUAUAAAACUGUGCCCAGUUACUAUAUAAGCCUUAUCAAAGUAUCUCUAAUUUUGUGUGUUACCUGCAUAACCUUUAGCUGUUACCAUUUAUAUGAUCUCAUGUAAACUUACCGAUUCUAAAUUACCAUUGCAAAAGUUUGUUUACCGCAUGGCUAUAAAUUAUUUGGAAUAGAAAACUUAUUUGCAUUGAGCUGCGAUCCGGCGAAUGAACUCAAUUUUCUUCAUACGGCGUAUGCAUUCUACGCGUACUGAAAAAUUGGCGUAAUAUACAUGCACGGCUUAUGUG